AUGAGAGCGCUGACAGUUUUGUUCCUCUUGGCAUCAUGUUUCCAGAGUUUGCAGAGUGUAAAGGUUACGGACAGUGGCUUCAGCUUCACCCUGGAAGCCGUCAAGAUCCUGAAGAGACUGAUAGAAUCUGCUCAAAGCGAUGACCCACGUCUUACUCCUACCACCCCAGUGCCCGUCUGUGCCAACCCACAUCUUCCAGAAGAGUUCCUGAAAGUGUGCCGACGAGACGAUUUUGAACAGAUCUUCACAAAUUUGGUUAAGAUCAUCACUCCUUCAGACCCAUGUGAGAUCUGUGCCAACGCGGCCUGCACAGGAUGUGUGUAG